AAAGAAGGCUCGAGGGAUCCGAGAAUAGACAGUGGGUCUGCAGCCCACUACCAUCAUCAGAAAUGGCGCGAGGAUCAUCGUCUUCCAAGACGAACAAAGCGAACGCAGAGCUCGAACCGGAGAUUGCAGCGCGAAAGCGGCUUAAGAAGCUCGCAUUUUCCAAUAAUCUACUUUCAGGAACUCAGGCAAAGCCCCAGGCAUGUCUGUGUCCUUCCGCAGCCGUUCUGAAGCACAAUGGCAAAGACAUUGUCAAGAAAUCUCACCGAAAGAACAGAUUCCUCUUCUCGUUUUCAGGCUUGCUCGCCCCCGUCAGUGGAGGCAAGAUUGGUGAGCUCAAGGAUUUGGGAUCCAAGAAUCCAAUUCUCUACCUCGAAUUUCCUCAGGGACGUAUGAAGUUGUUUGGAACUAUAAUGUAUCCGAAGAACAGAUAUUUGACUUUGCAGUUUUCUAGAGGAGGAAAGAAUGUGACAUGUGAAGAUUAUUUUGAUAAUAUGAUUGUCUUUUCUGAUGCAUGGUGGAUUGGAACAAAAGAUGAAAAUUGGGAGGAGGCUCGUCUCGAUUUUCCGAAAGAAUUGUCUAUGGUACACAGUGGAGAAUAUGAUUUUAAUGGUGGUGCUGGUGUUGUCACUACGAUUAAGCCGGGUGCUCAAAAGAAGGGAAUCAACCGUGUUGAAGAAAAUUCCCUUAAAGGAGAACAUGGAGACGACUUAGUAGACCUUGAAGACAACAUGACAACUCCUAUAAAGACUACGCCAGUUAGACAUUCCGAAAGAUCUGCCGGAAAAGUAUUCAAUUUUGCAGAGGCUUCUUCUGAGGAGGAUGAGUCUGCUGGCACUUGCGAUGAUUUGUCUGAAGGGGAAGAAAAGAAUGUUGUCAUACAUGAACCUUCAAUCGGAGAUCAUGCUAGUGAAAAUACGGAAGAUAUCUCUGUUGAUUCUAAAGAUGUAGAUGCUGUAGAAAAAUCUCCAAUUCUUCAAGGUGAUCAAGAAUCAAUUUCUAAGACUAAAAGAAGUUCUCGGGCUAAGGGAAAUGCUCAGAGUAGUAAUCGUGGUAUACUCGUCCAGCCUACAUUGCAUAGUUUGUUCAAGAAAGUGGAGGAGAAGAGGACACCAAGAAGGUCAAAGAGAUCUUCAACAUCUAAAGUUUUUGCCCAAAAGGUACAGCUUUCUGGUUCAAAGCGAAAGAUUGACCAGGACGAAGGAUCAAGGAAAAGGAGGGUUGUCCGGGUUCAGGACGAUGGUCAAUCUCGCAUGCUUUCUCUAUUUACUUCAGAGGAAAAGUCACGAGGAAGGAUACAGAAUAUGAGGUUGAAGAUGACAUUGAAGAGUUGUCGAGCUCUCAAGAGGACACUGAUGAAGAUUGGACAAGUUGAGGUCAAUACAUUCUACAAUUGGUAAGCCACAGCAGCAGCUAGGAUGCAUUGCAGAGGUUAUUAUAUUCGAAGUAAGAGAAUGCUCUACCAGUUUCUUUGAAAAGCUGCUGGCUUACUGAAAUUAAAGGAAUUUAACCAUAAAAUAAUAUUAAAGUCGAGUUUUUAUCAUACUGUUAGUCAUGUAAAAAUUCUGUUUUUGAUAUACCAGAGAGAAACUGUUACCCUUUUCUUGGGUUUAGAGGAAAUUUUCAGCUUAAAAGUACAAAAGUAUCCACAAGAUUUGUAUGCAAUUUAUAAACUCUCAAUCGUCUGUACUGUAUGUAUGUAUUAUGGUAUUAUGAAAUUUUCUAUAUUUUAUGUUAAAUUUAGACCUCAACAAUAUUUACGAGUA